AUGCCCCGACACGUCCGAUUCGCGUCCCGUUCGCGUUACCAAGGUCCGAGCCGCCACUUGAAAUUUUUAGGCUUGUGCUUCAGGCUGAGUGGUUGGGCUGAACUGGCCCGGGCUCUGGGUCUCAUUUGUUUUUACGAUGAAGCCUGCGCGGGCUUGGGUCAGGUCAGGCAUCGAAUAAAAAUUUUUAUAUCCGUUUGAAAAAAAUUUUUCAUCCAAACCAAAAAAUAAUUAAACAUUUUUUUACUAUUCAAAUCACAUGCCGUAUUCAAAGUGCUCAAACACCAGUGGGGAAUUGGAAUAAUCCGACGUUACCAACAUGUUUGAUUUUCAGCAUGAAAGUAUAACCAUUCGAUCCGUCUCGUCGAGAUACGUACGAAUAUCAUAAAAUUAUUUGGCGCUAGUAAGAAGAAAUAACUUUAUGGUGCGCAAAACACAGAAAAAAACUCCAAAAAUUUCAAAAAUUUCGCUGUAUUUUUCGACGCUGAUUCAAUUCAACUAUCGCUACUACGCCAUGAAAAGAAAAAACUUUUUAAAUCAGGAAAAACAGGAAAAAUAUUCGAAAAACAAUGCAAAAAUGAGAAAUCACAUUAAAAAAAUAACCGACCGCGUCAAAGUCCGCGCUUACGCACAGUAUGCUCCUUUAAUAUUUUUCUUUCUUUUUUUUGGGAAAUACAUUUUACAGAUUUUUUCGCUACGCGUGUCAAGUUUGCAAAUCGUUUAAAGCUACCUGAUAGUGUUUUUUAGUGUCCACGUUUUGAAACUACAUGAUUUUUAUGUCAGCUAUUUCAUUUAUUUGACGAAUUGUUCACUGUGGCUCAGUUUUUUCGAAGCGAGCCACAGUCGGCUUCGCGCUAUGCGCGCUCCGCCUCCGUGUGAAGCCUUAAAACUAAGCCUAUUUUCUUAACUAAUGCAUUAAAAGAAAAAGCAAACACUUCUAUUCCUCAGAAAAAUUACUUGAUUGAAAACUGAUAAAGUUCAUCUUAAUAUUUCCAAAGUGGUCAGCGCCAAAUAAUUUUAUGAUAUUCGUACGUAUCUCGGCGAGACGGAUCGAAUGGUUAUACUUUUAUGCUGCAAAUCGAACAUGUUGGUAACGUCGGAUUAUACCGGGGAAUUUCCGGGGAAGGGCAAUUUCCCGAGAGUCUUCCAGGCAACUACCCAAAAAAAUCGCUGCACGCUGUGGGGAAUUACCGGCAAAAUUAGCGCGUCGUCGCUGUUUCUAAAUGUUUCUGGAUUUGAACUUUCAGUUUUAUUCAUUGUAUUGUUUAUUAUGUAUUUGUGCCGUUUUAAUGUUAUUUCGUAUUUUUCGCCUGAUGAAAAUAUGUUUCUCAAGUUUUAAAAUUGUAAAAUAUAGGAAAUAAUUUUUUUCAUUAAUGCCGUGUACGAAGAAGUUUCCGCGAAAAUCAAAAUUAUCCUUGAUUCUAACUAAUUCAGUUGUUUAUUCCGCUCUCCUGACAGGUAUUUUAAAUUUCGCAGAAUCACUUUGAACACCGCAUAAAACGUGAAAAAAUUACUUGUUGAAGGUAUCGUUCAGCACUUGAAACGUUUCAAAAUAUCUUUUAGGUUCGAUUUCAGAACUAUAUAUACUUCUAUAAUGGACGAACUAAACCUCGGAAAGCGGCCCGUGUUAUAGUUUUUCGGCCAGUUAAAGCCGGCUGAAAAAAGUCAGUUCAUUUUUUGUUGUUCAAAAAAUUUCUAAGUUUUCAGAUUUGAAAAAAGUUCGCGAGUCACAAAGUCCAACGUCACUUCAGAUAAUGCUGUGCUCCUCGGAAGACUCGGUAAAGCUCAACAGUGAAACUGUAACACAUCAAUAAAUUGUUUCAGAAAAAUCUGGCAGACCUUCUAGAAGGUUUUCUAAAUCCUCAUGCAGCUCGAGGAGAACAAAAAGAUGCUCGACCAAGUAAAAAAAUAAAAUUUGCCUCUGAAGUUUUUUACAGUUUACUUGUGAAAUCAGAAUAGUAAACUGUUCAUUCCUUUUUCCUUAUUCAAUUUUUCUCUCUGAUGUGAUUUUAUUCUUUUGAUGUGUAUUUUAUUCAUUGUUGUUGUUGAGUUGUUCUUAAUCUGGUUCUUCUUUUUCUUUUUAUGAUGUUUUUCUUCUACAAUUAAAAUUCAGAUUUUUCCAUCAUAAUCUCAUUUCGUUAAAUCAUUUUUUGCAUUUGUAAAAUAAAUAAAUAGUUUUUCGAAACAAUGAGAACAGAAAAAAGAAAGAAAAAAAAAAACAUUCAAAGGAAAAACUUUAAUGCGAGCAGAGGGUAACUCCCCGCACGCCGUUUUUUCGCCUCUGGGUAGCUACCGGGAAGGACUGUGGGUAUAGCUGAUUCACGGCUGGCUUGAGCCAUCGAGAAAAGGGUCCUGCCACAAAAAAAGACGAGACAGUGCCCUGGUUAGUGGAGAGUGCAGACAGGCCACGCCUUUUUGCGUCCCAAGCUAGCCGUGAAUCGUCUAUAGCUACCGGAACGCAGCGCGGCAAUUGCCCUCAGAGUUACCCGGCAAUCCCCCACUGA